AUGAUGGAGACCCUAGAAGAAACUGAACUCUGCUUUCCACAGCUCCUCAACUCCUCCUGCAGGAAGCCAAAGCGCCCUCAUUCUGAGGCUGUGCUUAUUUACAUUAUGCUGUCCUCUAUCUCUGUGCUCACUGUAACUCUCAACCUGCUGGUCAUCAUCUCCAUCUCCCACUUCAAGCAGCUGCACACUCCCACCAACCUCCUCCUCCUCUCUCUGGCUGUCUCAGACUUCUUUGUGGGCCUCCUGAUGUCCUUUCAGAUUCUCCUCUCAGAUGGCUGCUGGUUUCUCAGUGACCGCAUAUGUACUCUGUACUGUGUUUUAGACUUCAUAAAUACCUCUUCCUCAGUAGGAACCAUGGUGUUCAUUUCAGUUGACCGCUAUGUGGCUAUUUGUGACCCUCUGCAUUACCCCAACAAAAUCACUGAGAGAAGAAUUACAAUCUGUAUUUGUCUUUGUUGGUUCUGUUCUGUUCUUUACAACACUCUCAUACUGAAGGAUAACUUGAAUCAACCAGGCAGGUAUAAUUCCUGCAUUGGAGAGUGUUUAGUUGUCAUUAACUAUGUUGCCGGAGUUGCUGACCUUAUUUUGACCUUUAUUGGUCCUGUCACUGUCAUCAUAGUUCUGUAUCUGAGAGUAUUUGUGGUGGCUGUGUCUCAGGCUCGUGCCAUGCGCUCUCAUAUUGCAACUGUCACACUUAAGCAUUCAGAGACUGUGUUUGCUAAGAAAUCUGAGUUGAAAGCAGCCAGGACUCUUGGUGUUGUUGUAGUUGUGUUUCUGACAUGCCUUUGCCCAUAUUACUGUUCCUCUCUUGUAAGUCAGAACGCCUUGUUUGGUGUUACAACUGUGCCUUUAGAGACCUGGCUGUUCUAUUUUAACUCUUGUCUAAACCCAGUGAUCUAUGCCUUUUGUUACCCCUGGUUUGUUAAAUCUAUUAAGCUCAUUGUUACAUUUAAGAUACUGCAGUCUGACUCCUGUGAGGCCAACAUACUUUAG